AGAACAGCGUGAUGGAGCUCCUGCCCAGGCAAGAUAAAGUUCGCUGUUUUGUACAUUUUAACGCAAUUUAAUUCCGACAUUUAUGAAAGAGAAACCUCGCACUUUUCGGUGACUAAACCACCAAAUGUGAUCAAGGUUAUUUAACCGUUGAGCCACAGCAAAUGAGGAAUUUGAUUGGAUUUAUAAAACCAACAAAUAUUGUAACCUAAUUCUUCUCUGGGAGCAACUACUGGAUGCGAUGAGAGUGCGGAGGUGUACCCAAUGAAGUGUCGAGUGGGUGGUGGUCUUCCACUCCCCCCCCCCUGAGCCGAGGAAGGCGGCCCGAGGGGCGGGGACUCCGUCGGGGAGGCUCGGGCUCGCCGGAUGGAUCCUCUCAGCCUCUCCACUCGCCGAGACUUGGCUCAACCCUUUUGGCGUAGCGACGCUUCGCUUCUGCUGCGGCUCCCGUGUCCGCCACGGAUCUCGCCGCGUGGAUUUGGAAGGGUCUCAGCAGCCCCUCGGACCUUUUAAGUCGCUUCGUCUUUUAGUUGCAUUUCGUCGAGCGACCGGAGACUCGCAGCUCAACGUUCCUGCUCCGAGUCCAUGAAAACAGGAGCGGCAACGAUCCCUAAGAGAAGGUGUCAACGUCACCUGAACAAAGACCAAGCACCAGGAGAGAGUCAUGGGGCAUGGAGAGGCUUCAGCACGAAGGACAACAGCCAUGACGGGUGACUGUCUAACUUGUGUCAAGUACCUCAUGAUAAUCUUCAACACCUUCCUCGGUAUGGCAGGUUGUUUCCUCCUUUGUGUGGCACUGUUGGUGUUGCUGGGAACAAAAGCGCUGUAUGAAUUUCUCAUGGUACACCCCGUGCUCUCAAUAACUGUCUUCGCCGUCCUGGCCAUUGGAGCCAUGCUCUUCAUUCUGGGCUUCCUGGGCUGCUUCGGAGCCAUCCGUGAAAAUAGGUGUCUGCUCUUCUUCUUCUUCCUGCUCAUCUUCCUCCUCUUCGUAGCAGAGCUGAGUGCUGGGGUUUGGGGCUACGUGCACCGUGAUCAGUUGACCAUGGAAUCUUUCCAAAAGGAUUUGCAGAAAAAAUAUAAAGGCCACGACCCCAGUGAUAAGUUCACAACAAUGUGGAAUGAGUGGAUGCGUCGACAUAAGUGCUGUGGCGUCGAAGGACCGAACGAUUUUGAGAAAAAUGUGUUUAUUAAAAACAAGAAUCACAAAGUUCCAAAAUCCUGCUGCCUGAUGAGCAAGGCCGGUUCUUCGAAUGGGGAUGAGGCAUUCAAGAAAUGCUUAGAAGAAGCAGACGAAGCCUAUGUCCAGCAACAGGGUUGUCAUGAGGUAGCCUUCGCAGCCUAUGAAGCUUACAUCUAUUUAGGUUUGGCAUUGGCUGUUUUGGUGCUGACCUUUGAGCUUUUCGCCAUGUUCGUCGCUGUGUGCCUCUUCAGGGGACUCCUGAAACUGUAGUCUGUCUAGACUUUUUUUUUUUUUUUUUCCAAGGAAAAACAGGGAAUAAGUGAAAAAAGAAAAUCAACACUUGUUUUGAACUCAAUUUCUAUUUGAAGGUUUGGUUGGGGUUUUAAAAAAAAAAAAAAAAAGUCCAUUCUUAACAGUUGUACUUCACAGCUGGACUUUUGAGGUACUGGGUAACAGAAGUAAUACACGUAGCGACACACAACAGAGAAAGUGGGAUAUCUUGAGACAAAGCUGAUUUUUGAAAGAUUUUGUGUGUUCAGUGGACAAUGUCAUUUGUGGACCAGGUCUUGCACAGACUGGGUUCAAAGUAGACUGGACAUGAGGACCAGAUGAACCCUAAGCAGAAGGCACUGCACUGACUUUUGGACGAAGAAUAUUUAUAUUAAGUAAAUCUGGCUUAACUGUUCAAAUGUCUUAUGUCCACUUUGGCUGUUACCCUUUUUCUUCAUUACUGUAUAUAGUAAGAUAAUCCUUCCACAAGCCCUUUUCACAGCCACAUUUCUAUUAUGCUGUAUUAUAUAAGAUCUGUAGGUGAGUGUGUACAUACUGGAUGCAGUUUUCAAAUGUGUAUAAGCUAUUUUGUGAGCAUGUGAGAUUUUAGUCCUUUAUGGACCCUCCCGGACUUGAACGUCAGCGUGAUUUAUAUUUCUGUUUAUAUUUACUUCUGUGAUUUUAGGUGUUGAGAUGUUUGUGUAUGCGUUUGAUCUUUAAUAAAUGGCAUUCUAAAUAGCC